AUGGUAAAAAGCUCUUUCUGUUUUCCUUGGGAACAAGUCUCAUCCUUUAUCAAGCCCCAACUACCAUCCAAUGCUACAGCACCAGAGUCGUUUGCUUUCGACUUUCACGGCGGAGGACCCUACACUGGCAUCUCCGAUGGUAGAAUUGUCAAAUAUGAAGGUUCCUACGAUGGUUUUGUGGAUUUUGCCUUCACUGCAUCGACUAGGUCCAAGGCAUUGUGUGAUGGCAUUACUAAUCUUACCUUGUCACCAAUCUGUGGUUUGCCAUUGGGUUUGAGUUUCAACUAUGUUACUCGAAACCUUUAUGCUGUUGAUCCAUUUAUUGGACUCACAGUAGUGGGACCUCAUGGAGGGCUUGCAACUACACUGGCCACUUCUGCAGACGGAGUUCCCUUCAGUUUUCUCGUCGGCGUGGACACUGACCCUCUCACUGGCAUCGUUUAUUUUACAGAUGCCAGUGCAAUUUAUGGGCCAAGUAAUGUGACAGAAUCCAUUCGAAGAGCUGUUGGAACAGCAGCCAGCGGCGAUGGCACCUUCGCCCUUGUUUCCGAAUUCAUUGGGAAAAGAAUCCAAAAGUAUUGGCUCGAAGGUCCAAAAGCAAACAUUGCUGAAACGUUCAUGACCUUCGAUGGAAACCCUAACAAAAUUAAACGGAACCCAUUAGGAGAUUUUUGGGUGGCUGUGAACUACCAAACAUAUGAUUCUACUCCAGUUGCUGCCCCUGUAGGGCUAAGGAUUAUUACUUCUGGCAAAGUGAUCGAAACUGUGGAUCUGAGUGAUGAGUACAAUCAGAGAAUCACUACUGUUCAACAACAACUUGGAUCCUUAUAUAUUGGAACCCGCUUUGCUAAUUUUGUUGGUGUGUACAAGAUAUAA